CGAAGCAGAAAGAGAUGUUUGGCUUCAGUACACUUUUGAUAUUGAUGGAUGUGUUAAUGAACUGAAGAAUUUAAAUGGAAUACGAAUGCCAGUUAGACAUAUAACACUCUUUCCGAAUGACAAUGGCAGUUUGCGUGAGAUUAGAAGCACUUUAAAGAAACAUGUCAAUUUAACAGAAUAUUCUAAAAGCGAGCUUAUGAAUUUCAGCAGCUCUUUAGGGUUUCAAUUGUUUUACGAAAGAGGAUGGGAGUGCUGGAUAGCCAUGAUACCUGUACACAAGAAAGGUUCUGUAGCUUUUCCGAAACAGAUAAUCAGACAACAAACAUUCAAUACUUUCCUUGCACUCAGAACAAGAUUCAAAGAUAUACUCGCAGAUUAUGCCGUGAAUGGAACUGCUUCAAAAACACUUAUGAAAAACGAUAUCAGGGAUGUCCGUAAAAUGUUCGUGUUACCUGAUGACUGUUCUACAAUACUUUCUGCUUUACAGGCUGCUCUGAACAACAUCUCUUUAACGGGAUUUAGGCCAAUAAUAUUUUGUUUUCGUUUUGGAGAAAAAAUGACGGAUGGACUACCAAUAUCUGAUUUUAAUAGGGAAGAGAUAUGUAGGUCAACUGUUCAUGCAGCUGUAGACAUUUCCACGGAUGGUGAGGUGGAUCUCUUGUGGUCCACCUCCGGUUUGCAGGAAGUAAUCGGCUUAAGAGGUGUAUUAAGCACAUGUUUAUCACUUACAGACUGUGGAAAUUUUCAAAGCAAUCUAGAUGGACGGCCAAUGGAUAUUAAGAAUGGUUUACGAAAGGUUUGUCGCUUUCCAGACCAGUUACAGUUUGUUCAACUUUAUGCCGAUAUUCCACACCGUCAGCCCAAUUGUCGAUUUCAUCCAGUGUCGGCUUGCAUUGGUGGAGGUAUGUGUUUUCCAAGGCCGACAGCAGAAGCUUUCCUCCGAGACGCGGAAUAUUACAUAUCAACUCUAGAGAGCAAUUGGGUGCUAAUGAGAAAGAGUGCUUGUAGACUAGAAUUUGUUGUUGCGCAGGAUACCGCAUUAUCUGACAAUCUGCAUGCUCUUGACUUCAUAGAUCUAAUAAACUUAGAGCAAGUUCUGGAAAAUGUGCCUUUGUUGGCUCCCUUGCCACCUCAAACACUCAGUUGUAUCAGACAUUUGGGCUUGUGGAUGUGUAAAGAACUUCGAGAAUUGUUGGAGGGUUUUCAGAAAACGGGAAAUGUGCUAACCACCUGGCAAUCUUAUCAAUUAGAAUUAGCCAAUGAAAAAUUGCUCUGGGGAAAACCACUCUGUUCAAGGAGUACAACAUAUUCAGUUAAUCUUGGACCCGAAGCUUUGGGACCGAGUCCAAGUUUGACGGACCAGUUUGGUUUCUUGUCGCUAGACGUCUACUCAACUUGCAUGCAGAACGAUCGAAGCAUCCCUCCACCUGAAAUAUGGACGAACUCGGAAAUGAUCCGUAAAAUGAUUGCAAGAUCAGUGGGUUUGCACGAUCAUUUGGAUGCCAGCUAUGGCGUCAUUGGUAGACAUUUGGUAGUUGCAUUGCUUCACGACUUACACGAAACUGGAAAGGCUGCUACUUACGUUCUCUUUGAUGACUUCUUAGGAGAGAUGAAAUCUGACAAAACCAGGUUUAAGACAGUUGGUGCUGUGACUCUGAAAUCGCUAAUAAAGCUGCUGACAACAAAGAGGAGAACCGAAACACAGAUGGUAUUUCCUAGCCUGUGCAGACUUUUGGAGAAAAACACUCUUCCAGUUGAAGAUAUUGUACAGGCUGGAUUUCAUGAACUCAACCUAAAACACUUUUCAGCAGUGAGUACAUAUGACCGUCAUGGAAACAUGAUUCUGACUUGGUCUUUUCAUGGAAACUUUUGGAAUAUUGUCAUUGAUCAACAGUCUCCCGAAAUACAAGAAAGUACGCAAGAAAUGAUGUUUGACCUAGUUAGAGGUGAUCUGGAAAAACGCGGACUAGUUUAUCCAAGCAAGCUGAAAAAAACUCCAAAGGUACUUCCAUGGGUGUCUAUAUGUUUACGCAGGCUCCAAAGAGAAAAACUGGAGUUGGAGGCAACUGUGACGGUAUCGACAUAUAUCAGCUGCAUCGCCUUCUUGAUGCAGGGUUUUUAUGUAGAAUAUGAAAGGCUGGCUGCUCUCACGAUCGAUCUUCCUUUGGACAAGAACCGAUUGAUCGCGUUGGAAAUAUUAUCUAAACUACAGUUGGCCAAUUUCAUGUUCCGCAAUCUCCACUUGAAGCGUUUGCACUUUACCGUCCCACAUAAAAUCAACAUGGAAAUGGAAGAGCAAAGGAAGAAUAAAGGAGAAGAGGAAACUAGGGAUACGGAAUUUAGUUCCAGAGGAGAGCGAAUGGAAGAGAUAUCAAAGAAAAUAGGUGAUGAUGAUGAUCCACUUGUAUUUGAUAAAGAUGCUGGACAUAAGAGGACUUCAACUU